AACGGCGCGUGCGCAGACAUGACCAGGAAGUUAUUUAUCAUCGUAUGAUCGAAGAAUUAAUGCGUUCGCUGAACAUUUUCGAAGACAAAUGUAAACGUUUAUGGCGACAGUACAGCGGAACGAUUCAUUCGGUGCAAGUCAUAUUCGUUUGAAACGAUUUUGACAAACAUUUCAAACGAAGAGGGACAUUUUCAACUUUGACCCCUGACGAAUUGAAUGAGUUUUCUGCAAAAUGGCAGCAUCAAUUCCUUCUGCGGUGUCCGCACCGUCAUUGGGUCAAAAACGCAGGGCAUCUUUGAAGAAGAAAGAAAGAAGAAAACGAAAACGCCAAGCCCUCGCCAAAGCCCAAAUCAGAGAAUCUGGUGAAAAUGGAGAUGAUUCUCCACCAGAACAAGAUGAUGAUGAUGAAGAGGAAAGGAAGGCUGAGGAAGAAAGACGGCGACUAGACCAGGAGUGGCUGGAGAGGGAGAAGCUGGCCCAGCAGGAAUUCAGACUCCGGUGGGAGAGGGAAGACGCUGCAAGGAAGAGACAGGAGGAAGAAGAGGCGAGGAUAAAGCAGGAAUGGGAGGCCCAGCAGAGGAGAGAGGAAGAGGAGAAGGAGCAGAAGCAACAGGAGAAGAGAGACAGAGAGGAAGCUGUACAGAAAAUGUUGGACCAGGCUGAGAGUCAGCUGGAGAAUGGGGGUCCCUGGAGAAACCCUGAGGCUCCAGAUUUUGGUACGGAGCAAGACCGGGCUAACUGCCCCUUCUUCCUCAAAACUGGAGCCUGCCGCUUUGGCGACAGGUGCUCUCGUAAGCAUGUCCACCCCCCGGCCAGCCCUACUCUGAUGAUCCGGGGGAUGUUUGCGACUUUCGGGAUGGACCAGAGGUCACGGGACGACUACGAUACAGACGCCUGUUUGGAGCACAGCGAGGAGGAGGUGCAACAGCAGUUUGUGGAUUUCUAUGAGGAUGUACUUCCUGAGUUCAGGACUGCUGGCAAGGUGGUGCAGUUUAAGGUCAGCUGCAACUUUGAGCCACAUUUGAGAGGAAAUGUUUAUGUCCAGUUUGACACAGAGGAGCAGUGCAGAGAGGCCUUCAUGAUGUUCAAUGGAAGAUGGUACGCUGGUAAACAGCUCCAGUGUGAGUUCUCUCCUGUCACCAGAUGGAAGACUGCUAUAUGUGGUUUGUUUGACCGACAGAAGUGUCCGAAAGGAAAGCACUGCAACUUCCUGCACGUGUACCGGAACCCUGGAAAUGAGUUCUGGGAGGCGGACAGGGACCUGCACAUGUCCCCCGACCGGGGAGGAGGGGGUACAGGGUCUUUCACUGGGGGACGGUUCUCUGAGAGGAGUAACCGCUCCUCCUGGACCGAGAGGUCACAGAGCCGACGGGGGGAGAGGAGCAGGAGGAGUAGGAGCAGGGAAAGCAGAAUAGCCCAAAGGAGAGCUAGUGUUCAGAGUGACAGGUCCUGGACCAGUCGUACCAGUACAAGACCCAGGUCGAGGAGUAGGGACAGAGAUAGGAGGGACAGAGGCAGGAGCAGGGACAGAGACAGGCGGGAUGGGAGCAGAGACCGAGGUGGGAGCAAGAGAGAGGGGUGGAAGGGUUCACCCACAGAGGCUAGUAGGGGGAGAUCCAGAUCAGCCAGCCCCGGAGAGUCCUCCAAAAGGAAGAGACAGGGGAGCAGGAGCCCCGGAGAGUCCUCUAAGAGGAAGAGACAGGGGAGCAGGAGCCCCGGAGAGUCCUCUAAGAGGAAGAGACAGGGGAGCAGGAGCCCCGGAGAGUCCUCUAAGAGGAAGAGACAGGGGAGCAGGAGCCCCGGAGAGUCCUCUAAGAGGAAGAGACAGGGAGCAGGAGCCCCGGAGAGUCCUCUAAGAGGAAGAGACAGGGGAGCAGGAGCCCGGAGAGUCCUCUAAGAGGAAGAGACAGGGGAGCAGGAGCCCCGGAGAGUCCUCUAAGAGGAAGAGACAGGGGAGCAGGAGCCCCGGAGAGUCCUCUAAGAGGAAGAGACAGGGGAGCAGGAGCCCCGGGAAAACAUCCCAAAAAGACAAGCAGCCAGCCGACGACAGCAGCGCCACAGCGCCACCACGCCACAAACACUCCAAAAAAAGCAAAAAGAAGAAGAGCAAGAGGAGGAAACCCAAGAGGGACAAGAAGAGCCAGUCGCCUGGGGGUCAGAGUUCAUCUGCAGAGUCAGGGAAGGAGUCUUUGGACGAGGGGGAGGAGAAACCCUCUCCAAACCUUGACUUAGACAGCAGUACACAGACUCCUCAUGAUGUAGACAACACUACCCAGAAGACUGUGGAUGUAGACAACACUGCCCAGGAGACUGCUAGGGUAAAUGCCAUACUUAGUCUCAUGUUGUCUGAGUCUCUUGAUAAUGCCAAUGCAGUCACUUCAGACAUACAGACCCAGGUCAAAAAGGAGGCUGAGGAUCCCUGUCCACCUAUUGUCCCCUCUCCUAGCCCUGGGGAUGUGGACAUCGCUCAGACUCCUGGGGCCACGGACAACACACUCUCCCCAGACCUCCAUAGUAUCUUCCUCAAGCAGGAGUAUCCCUCUCUACCCAGUGUGCCUGAAGAGGAAUGUGAACAGGAUCGACCUGAGACGCUGCCUGAUUCUCCUGACGAACCAUAGUGGAAUUAAAUGUGUUCUGUAUGGACUUCACCGUGACUGCUAUGGCCAUUUUGAAGGGUACACUGUUUAUGCAUUGUUUUCAUUUCAAUGUUCACCAAUGCACUGCUCAACCUAGCUUUUACGAAUGUUAGUUUGUUCCGAAUGUAAGAUGUGACAAUUAAAUGUUUUUAUACAUUA